AUGAUGGACAGCGACUGGUACACAUCGCUCGUGUCCAGCACGCCAGCGCCGUUUGAAAAGACCGGCGGCCAUCGGCGGCGAGCUUCCCUCCUGCAACAGCCACAUGAAGCGACCCAGGCUGAUGAUGCUGCAGACCAACUGCCCAGUCUUAGCGAAGAAGACGACAGCUCGCUGGCCAAAGGUCCUCCCAAAGCGACACUUGUCAGGAGAGCCCAGUCGUAUACCCGUCUCGAUGCCGCCGACCAACAUCCACGCACCACCCCUCCCUCUGCGCCCUUGCGCAAGAACAGCCUGUCAUCGGUCCCCAAGCCCAAGAACGUCUUACAAUCACACAUCGACUUUGCGACCUGGUACGACGCUCUCGAGGACGACCUCUUGGAUGCCAGCCACCAUGACUACGGACUAUAUCACGAACAGCUGAAGCUAUCGCAACACCACCUCGACUCGCUGAUGGAGAGCACCCACGAUGCCUUGACUGUGCUGUCUGCCCUGUCUGACUCGUCCAAGGCUGUCGACGACCAGACGACCGCCUUCCACGCCCAAUGCGAGUCUCUGAUGACCGAGCAGCGUCGCAUCACCGAUCUGGCCGACAACAUGAACCACAACCUCCAAUACUACGCCUACCUCGAGCCCAUGACCCGCAGACUGAAUGCCCCUGGUGCUGCCAACCUCGUCCGCGCAAAAGAGUUCCCCGACAUGCUCACAAACCUCGACCAAUGCCUGGAAUACAUGCAGGCUCAUCCUACUCAUCGCGAAGCCCCUACCUACCGUUCCCGUUACCGUCUUCUGUUGACUCGUGCCCUGACACUCAUUCGAGUACAUUUCACAAACUCUCUACGAGCGCUGGCCGCCGAUGCAUCGCAACGAAUCGCCGAUCGCCAGCUCAACGAUACUACGCAAACCGCUCUUUUGUACGCAAAGUUCCGCGUCAGUGCUCCUGAACUCAAACAGCUCGGUUUGGAAAUACAAAAGCGUGCCGUACUGCCCGCAGGCGCCGACCAAGGAGGUGAAGCCGAAUACCAAAGUCUCAUGAAUGAGCUAUACCAGAGCUACUCGGCCACGCGGGNNAGUCGCCUCAUGUUCCCUAUCAUCUCCCGCAAGCUCACCGAGAUGGCUUCGGUUGACAAUGCUGUAGGUGAUUCAGUCACGUUUGCUAAAACCGCUAUCGGUUUUGUAAGGGGCAUAUGUCUUGAUGAGUAUGAUCUCUGGGGUGACUGGUUUUCCGGUGAUGGCGGUGUAUACGAGUUUCUAGAGGCCAUGUGCGAGCCCUUGUACGACCAUCUCCGCCCUAGAAUCAUUCGCGAGACUCGCAUUCCAAAGUUAUGCGAGCUUUGUACCUUCAUCCAGACUCGCUUCAUGGUUGACGAAGAAGACGAUGACUCCGAGUAUCAAGAUACAAAUGCCGCAAAGAGAAGUCUGGACUUUGCUGCUCUCGUCAAGCCUGCUUUGGAAGAUGCUCAAAGCAGACUCGUUUUCCUCGCCUUGGCUGUCCUCAGAGACGACAUCGAGAAUUACCGACCGAAGACUGAAGAUCUUGACUACCCAUCACAAGCACGAGGUCCAUCAACAACGACUGCGGAGGGCAAACGAGUGGCCCUUUCUGGUCGUAAAAACUCAACCAAUGCUACACAGGUCAAAUCACCUGGAGAAGAAGACGAUGGUACUGACAUGUUCGAAACGUCCUGGUCCACCAACGAAAAGGAGGCCAUGGUCUGGUAUCCAACGCUGCGUAAAGCAAUCUGGUUAUUGAGUCGUAUUUACCGACUAGUCAACGUGANNUCCACUGUGUUUGACGAUUUGGCGCACACCAUUGUGCACAGCACCACUGUCUCCCNNCUAGCAUGGGCGGCAUCUCAGAUCGCAACAAAGUCAUCGCCUGCCGACGCCAACCUAUUCUUGAUCGCUCACUUGUUGCGACUCAAGCAACAGAUUGUCGCGUUUGACAUUGAAUUCAUCACGCCCGAAGUAACCUUCGACUUCUCGUCCGUCACAAACACAUUCUAUGAGCUUCGCGAGCGAGGAGGACUGUGGAAUCCGGCGAGCUGGGUAAAGCUUGCUGCUGGAGGGCUGAUGCCUCGAGUGGUAGAAAACAUGCUCGAUGCCAAAGCAGAACUCGACGGAAGACUACGAGCAGUGAUCAACGACUUUGUCAACAGCUUUGUGAGCCCCAUCACGGCAUCAUUGGCUGCGCCAAGAAAGGAGUCAGGGUCAGAAGCGAGUCAUGUCACGGCUGAAGUUCGCACCAUUACGCAAAAGGAGGUUGUGUCUCUGCGGCAGAAGCUAGACGAGUAUAUCCAGGACGUACGGACCAGAGAAACGCUCGUGGCCGCAGUGCGGGACCAGGUCAUUCUAGCUUACGAGGAUUGGAUGGACAAGUUGAGCGAGGGCAAGGGCGCAGCCAAAAUUGGCAAGGUCAGCAAGAAGGGAAAGGGUCGAGAAGACGAGGUCUGGUCCAGCGAGGUGUUUGCCGAGUGGUGCGAGCGGGUGUUCGCAGUGGGAAUCACGAGCGACGAAGACCCGACAGAGACAUGA